AAUUACUUAUUUGGCAUACUACAUUCAAUAUGGAUUCUUCGGUUUUACUUGUUUACGAAAACGACGGAUCAAAAAUUGUGAACACAGUCAGGAAAAGCUUAGAACAAUGUGACGUCAUAGUACAUACGACAAAAAUAUCACAUGCUGUAGAUCCUCCUCGCCACUCCGCCAGUGUACUGUUUUUAACUCCGGGAAUGUUAUCUGUUUUAAAGUCAUCGUCUUCACGGGAACUUAAUUUUCUAAGCAAAGAGUGCGCACUAUUUUAUCAUGACACUGUCAAUAUCUUCGGGGUAUCCGUUCAAGAAAUUCUAAACAAAACAUUACCUUCAUUUUCAAACUGCAAUGUUCUUCCUCUUGGAAAAAAAGUUCGAACACUUACCGGUAAAAUUUUGGAACUCAUAGAUGCAGAAAAUGAGGAGAUUGAUUCCGAGUUCUGUCUUUUACCCGAAUUUACGCUUUACCCAGAAACACCUUGGAAGCACGAGCAAGAUGUAGUCAUUUCAUUCGAUUGCGAGAGAUCGAUCGAGGAAAAAGUAAUGGUGGAAUCGGAGGAUCGGUUAUUCAAAGCCACGUGGAUUAAUCCACAUACUUAUAAAUGCAGAUUAGCUGACUUUUGUGAAUUUGGUAAGCGAACGGUGACGGUUUAUGUGAAUGAAGAGAGCUUGGGUUCAUCUCAUGUGUUCAUCAAAGACAGAACACAGUGUAUUCUAGAUGAAAUCAGUGACGUGAGGUCACCUCUGCAUUACCUGAAGGAGAUCUUAGAUAUGGCACAGGGCAGGGAGGAGAAACUUCAUUCCGAAAUGUCAGAGUCUCUGAUACUUAAAGCAACAAAAAAGUUACUAAAAACAUUGCAAGAAAAAUGGAUUUUAUCUAACAAUUUAGAAACUCAUCACAGCAAAGGUGAACAAGAUUCUAUAGAAGUGGACAACACGUCGAGAGAGGAAGGGGGGGUUAUCUUCCGUCGUCGACCAACUAGACAGGCAUUUAAAAAAAGGAGUCUAUCAAAUAAAUCAGACUUAGAUCGUGACAUCAGCGAGGAGGAACAGCGAGUUCGGAUGGAAAGGCAUCGGCGCAGAAGUCAACGAAUAUCUCGUACACUACAACACGUAUGCUCGAAAGAGGACUUUCCUUCCAUCGAUUUAAACAGAGACUUGUUGAAAUCCCUGCCUUCAGACUUUUUUAAAAACUUGACUUUGUGAAGUGAAAUACAAUAGUACAAACAUUCUUCACUGUUUAUGUUGCAGCAAAAUACCAAUGUCCCUUGUUUCAUUGUACUACUGCUUGGUUGAUCUUCAAGGUAUACAAGAAUUUCAUCGCAAUAGAUAAAACUGCUUGGGAAAAGAAAGCUUAACUCAGGACGAGAUUUUGAGAUCAAUGAUAACCCAUGGAUUGAUGUUUGCGUGAUUUACGUUCCUGCAAUACUGUAACAAGUCUGCAGUUCGUUUUUUUCUUCCUAUCAUGAAGACACAACCAAAGGUGAAAGAGAAACAAAACAUAACUUGUGGGUCUGAGUUUUGCAGUUUUUUCAUAAUUAUUAAUAUCAUAAACAGCAGAAAAUUGUCUCUAUAUUGUUUAUAAAAACGAAUCAGGAAUUUUACCCUCUGUUGAUCCUACAGUAGGUUAGAGUAUAAUAAUCAAUAUUUUGUAUGAUGUACUCCGACUGGUAUUUUAAAAUCUUGGUAGGUAGGUUGGUAGUUUUUUUAAGUUUAUUACAAACUGAUAAAUGUCAUAAAAAUGACAGACUCGGAAAUUUAUGGAUGUACGUAUUCAUUAUACACUGGGUAACUGGUCAUGUUUGAUAUUUAUUGCUAUAAAACUUUCAAAUGAAAAAAAGAGUGUUGCAGAGAAAUAAAAUACAAAAAAAAAUGUAAACCCAAACAGAAUGAAUCGAUCUCAAUUUUCUUGAAAAAAAAAUCAAAUUUAAGUCAUCAACAAAUAUUGAGUAGACACCUCUUUGAUGGUUCAGUCGGAGUACAUCAACCAACU